CGAUACGGAUCUGUAUUAUAUGAAACAUAGACAAUGUACUUAAGAUAUUCCAUAAGAUUUCAAGAUUAUCUCACUUUGUAGCAUACGGAAACUAGUGUAACAAGGUAGAUACGACGGAAGUGUACUACAUUUACUGGUUGUCUAAAGUAUGUCUGCUUGGAGUCAAAAUCAAAUGAAACAAACAGAAAGACGAAUUAUUUUAGUCGGGAAAACUGGCAAUGGGAAAAGCUCAACAGGAAAUUCCUUACUACAAAAGAACGUAUUUCAGCACAAAAUGAGUCCGAACGCUGUGACGGAAACAUGCGUGAUGAAAAGUGGUAUAAAUGCUUUGAAUACCAUUAGAUACAAGGUUGUAGAUACACCGGGCCUUUUGGACACAUCAAAAAGUGUAAGUGAGAGGGCACUUGGAAUUCAAAAAUCACUAGAAAUUUGUCCAAACCCUCAUGCGUUCUUGAUAGUUUUUAGUACGACCAAUCGUAUGACGCCCGACGAAAAGUUUACUAUAGACAUGCUCCGGAUUAUAUUUGGAGAAGUGAUAUUCAAUCAUGCUAUUGUUGUUUUCACACACGGUGGAAAGUUGAAAUCCGACAUAGAAUUCAAGCAGUUUUGGACAAAAAACGAGCAUUUUGUGAAACUAGUAAAACUUUGUGGGAAUCGUGUUGCAAAGAUAGAAAACAAUGAUGUCUGUUACAUCGAAAGUGAAGGCACAGAUUUUAUUAUUAAAGUGGUCGAAGAAAUGUCUGAUGCAGGGGAAAAGAUGUAUAGCUACGAUGAAUUACAAACUCACAGGGAAGUAAUUGAAGAACACUCUAAAAGCUACCACGGCAAUGGCAAUGUUCAUGAAGAAGUCUCUGAAAUUGUUCAACAAUUAGGAAAGAAACUGCCCUUGAAGACGUGGAAAAUAAUGUUGUAUGGUGGUAUUUUAAUAGGAGGAGGGGCUAUGGGAGUAGGAUAUCUGGCCGGUGUGGCUGGAGCUAACGCCGUGGCCGCAACAGGGUUUGGGGCAACUAUGAUGGAAGCGAUAGGUGCGUCUACAGUUGGGGCUACUGUGAUGAAUAACGGCGCUGCUGUAGGUGGUGCUGUCUUAAGGACAGCUUGGAAUCUUGCAACCAAAGUCAGAUUUUGGUAACUCAUAUUAUUAAAUUACUCAAAAACGCUUCUUAAAUAAUGCUGGAAAUAAUUAUUUUCUGUCUUAUACGCAGACGCUGACAUGUAUUUUGGGCAAAUUAUGCCCCCUUUUGGACUUAGAAAAUCCUGGUUAAAGUUUUGCGUACAAGUACAUACAGCUAUUACCAAAAGGCAUAUAGCUUUGAAACUUAUUUAUUCUUUUUCUAGGUCAGUUACCAACCUCACUGGGUCAAGUUCCAUAACUCUUAACAUGUAUUUUGAGCAAAUUAUGCCCCCUUUUGGACUUAGAAAAUUCUGGUUAAAGUUUUACAUGCAAGUUACUAUCUCCAAAACUAAUGCAGAUAUGGAAUUGAAACUUAACAUGUUUCUUCGGGGUUAUUAAACUAGUUGAUAGCAUCAAGUCCCAUAACUCUGAUAUGCAUUUUGGUCAAAUUAUGUCCCGUUUCGAACUUAAAACUCUUUUGAUAUUUAACAUUUUGGGUAAUAAUUUCCUGCUUCUGUGACAAUAUUUCGAAUAGUCGAGCUUGGCUGUCUUACGGACAGCUCUUGUUUUAAUUUCACUGAAACAGUAAAACAUUAUCUAUGAUCAAUCAUCUUUAUGGAAAUUGCAGAUAAUUAGUUUGGUCAUUUUUAAUUAGCAGCGGUAUUUAAAGUGGAAACAGUUCAAUCGUUUUAUAUCGGCAAUCCCCGGAGAAAAGAAGCACGUCAGAGCAUUUUCAAAUGUUCAUAUUGAACUUUAAAACUUAUGAAAUAGAAGUCGUAAUUAGACUAGUUUACAUGCAUUAACGUUGUUUGAAGCCGCCGCAGCAAGUAAAAGGUAGCCCUUUCGUAUUAUGACCACAGUGUCUAAGGAUUGAACCUCAGCUGUCAUUUAGGUCUGUCUGUCAAUGUAGAUCGUAGAUAUGUUAUAGAUAAUAUAUAUUACUAAUAUGUUGUAAAUUAACCCUUUCCAUAUCUCCCUUCUCUCUCCCUAUCCCCCUCUCUCCUUCCAUCCACCCCUCUUUCUAUCGCUCUCUCUCUUCAAUUCGACCCCCCUCUCUCUCACUCCUCCAUCCACCUCUUUUUAUGUCUAUGCAUGCUGUAAAAGUUACGAAUAUCGAAAUAAUUGUCCUUUAAUAUGUUAAGUCAUUUUAAAUGCACAUGUAUACAUCUAUGUAUCGGAACGCCUGCGGAUGUGUACAAUCAGUAUCCUCGGGAUUAUUUUUUUGUGAUUAGUUAGUAGAUACAGUAUGUCGUUCACUUCAUUUUGUUAAAUGGGGGUAUUUUAAAGGGCUAGGCCCAGACAUCGCAAUCAUGUAAAAAAAUGAAUAAACCUAGAAAUAGUUGUAUUUAUAAAGAGGGCUCUGAAACUAGGCUAUUUACAUAUUAAACGUCUUGGUGAAACAUCAGAAACAAUAGUCAAUAGUUUUUUUCCCGCUAUUUUCGACCUCAGACCUCUACCCCGUCAGUGAUGGGUUAGAUGAAAUGUUUUAUAUUUAAAUUUACACGCUGAAAAUAUCUGCCUCCAAGGUGCCAUCUGUUAGUUCGCUCCGUAUAAUUUUGUAGUGAAGAUUGUUUUAUGAUUCGUGGGUUCGAGUCGUAGCAUGGGUGUCAUUUUUGUCUUCUCUUAUCUUUUUUAAAGCCGUUUAAAUGCAAAAUAGCCUGUUCUUAUAUAAAUAAUGUGUCAAAAUACUUUUUUUGGCAAACAAUGUUUUGCUUAAAUGUGUGGGCUAGUCCCUUAUACAGAAUUCAUAUCCCGUGUAUCACAAGUUUCACAAAUUAAUCCAUGUAUAGUUGGCUAAUAUUUAGGUACGUGUACUGUCUUAUUCACUGAGAAGCAGGCUCCGUUUUGUUUGUGAUGAUACCUUCUUUGUAUACACACACAUAUGAAUGAAACAGUUAUAUGCUACAUAUAUCAUCGUCUUAAGUGUAUGAUACUGUAUAUAUAUAUAAAUAUAAGGAGCCGCCGUGGCGCGGUGGUAGCGAGUCCGACACAAGAUCGAGUUUCAACCUUUGAUUUGCUUAUGUUUUGAAACCAGUUUUUACAUUAAAUUUGCUUAAAUUGGUCCGACAGACAUCCAAAUAUGCUUUAAGUUAAAAAAAACCCGGCGAUGCCAGGUUUUAGAAACGUGCAAACAUUUCCGAAAUUGAGAUAUAGUAAUAUAGUACGUAAUAUAGUCAACCUAACACGAGCAGAAUGCCUGUUUUGGUCAAAACUUGAACAAAAACAUGACAGAAAUCCAAAAACAGUCACUUCAAAUCAAUUUGUCCCUUCAAUAGUUUUUGUACUGUCAACUGUAUGACCAAAAACGAAUGUGUCGAUCUCACCUUACACAUGUGGCUAUCGAAAGAGUAUAUGAGCAGUUCGAUCCCCUGCUGACAUGACGUUGAAAGAAAGUUCUUGAUGACCUCCCGUCUUACCACUUAAAUGCAUCAAUGGAGUCAAGAAAUUACGCAUACAAGACUUUUUCUAGAACCCUAUGCUCUGAUAAACAAUAGGCCUGUGUCAUAUCGUCCAUUCAUUUCACAUUUAAAGAAGUUAGAAGGAGCGCGUCUGGAGAGGUAUCCAGAUAGAAACACGUUUUUAUUACGCCUUAUGGAUGACAAUCGUAUACACGCAGGAAGUUUCAAUCAAGCGAGUCAGCUUUAGUAAAGAGUACGAAAUGACAACUUCAAGUCGACAAAAAAACUGUGUAAAAAUUUACUUAAAACCAACUUGACAUGUAUGUAGCUGUCAACAUCAUUUACCACUUUGAUACUCAGUUUUGGCUCAAGGACAAAGUACCUACAUGGACAGCGUCAUGUCAAUGUGAUCACUAACAAACUAUAUACAUUAUUAUUGACAUAUCAAUGCCCGUGUUUAUGAAAAACAAAGUAUCCAAGGGUAAGCAUCGGUACCGGGAUCCAAGAGCACACAGUAUAUACAACCCUUGAGACGCUAUUGCCAUCAUCAGUUCUGCGCCAACGACUCCCAGCUAUACCUGUCCUCACAGUCAAAGCUGUAACUAUGAGUGAUCCCUUACAUCGUAUUGAAGGUUGUCUCGCCGAUGUUACUUUAUUGGUAUAUCGCAACAUGCAUAAUACAGAUUAAACAGAAGUAAUGUUGUCUAUUCAGUGCGUUUUAGAAAUCUUUAACAUCAUUUUGCUAGCUGUCAAACUUUUCAUAUAAUCACAUCAAUUAGUAUUUAUCUAGAUACAGACAAUGUUAUUUGAAAUGAAACAACUUAAUCUAUACGUUUACAUUUUUAUUGGGCAUAAAACUGUAGCACCAUAAUAUUAUACUGGUGUUUUUGCCACCGGCCGUGUGUGUAUGCUGGUAUUUUGCGCGUCCAUGCUUGUACUGCUGUGAUAUGUGUUUUUUAGGCUGCGUUUUUAGAAUGGGGAAUAUUAGCUUGUUUUUCUCCUCCCCUCAUCACCACACUUUCUUUACCCUAUCCCUAUAAUUAUAUCUUUCAUAUUAGCAAUUUUUUGAAGCAAACGGUCUGUGCUCUAUGCUUCCAGGAAAUCUACCCCUACCUUUUUUUUCUACAAAACGUGACAGGUGAAAAGUGAAAAGUAUGAGCAUACGUAUAAACCAAUAACUGAUUUAAUUGAUUUUAUACUAUUCGAGCUGCACUUGCUGAAUUAAACGUAGUUCAUGUGCGAGUAAAGUUUAAAAUAUAAUAAAGAAGGAAGUAUGUAAAGCGUAUUUCCAAACUAUUUUCUGCAAUUAUUCAAUCAUUAGCAUAUUAUAUGUUCAAAUGAUUUCAACAACAAUUUUGCUGUACUAGAUAAUGGAGAUGCUUUGGCACCAACCGCCCUCUUUCAACUGAAGUAGUACCUUUGGCAAUUGUUCUCAAAUAAGAAGUGUAACACAGGCAGAUAAGACUUCCUACAGGUCAGCCCAAACCCCAUACUUAUGCUGCUCCUCGAGCAUAUUCUCAGAACUAUCAGAGGCUUAAAACAAACAAAAUUCUUAUGACACCUAGUUAACAUAAACUGUUAAGAGGCCGUUGUGUUGUAUUUUACAUUGACCGCUCCGACACAAUGAAGAUAAUAUACAUGUUCUCGGUAAAUGUCUGUUAUGUUAGUUUUUUUCUGUGUUAUAGAGAAUUCCAAUUGUGUUACUAUUAAAAAUGGUACUAUAGUCUGCAAUGAAAUUUAACAAAACGACGAAGUAGUUAAAUAACAUGUGCAUUGUUUUCAUUUUUAUGUUUAAUCAAUUUCUAAAGAAUUGUUCUGCCAUGCUCAUAUACAGUGCAUGUCAGUUGAGUCUUAGCUGAAAUAGCAUUUUAUUUCUUAUAUGUUUAUAAAUCACGAAAUGUUUUGAAAUAGCAACCUUCUUAAUAUUGUAUUAUACGACUGGUCUUUAAUAAAGUCUUUGUCAGAUUG